UUUUCCCCAGAGAAUCAUACCCGGCUGUUUACUUCCUCGCCUUGCGUGGCCUGGAGGUAGAACCCGUCUUCAACCCAUUUUGUCACUUCUCAAGAGAUCGUCUCGGCGGGUCCUGCCCGCCGCAAUCCAAUUUCUUACCAUCAAGAUUCAUACAGUGGAGAUUUUCGCGACUUUCCUUAUCAUGUUUACUCUUGCGAACAUCACGGUCAUCAACGGGCACUAGGCGUAACAAGCACAAGAUGGAGGGUCGGCACCUGUACCUUCUGCGUAUUCUGUAACUCCUAUGUGGAUGGAGCUGCAACGCUAUUCUAUAACGCACGCGAUGACGAACCAUUGCUUCCAGAUCUACCAGCGGGAUUCCAAGAGGUAGUCAGCUAUGACCAGCCCUGUGCUGUCGUUAAUCCCCGUCACCUUCAGCUAGUCUCGGAAGUCUUUGGCUCGUCCAAUAUCAACUCCACCCCGCAAGACGAUGUUACCAGUUGUUCACCAUCUACCCUAGAACCUUUACAGGGUAGUUACUCUGGCCUCAGUAGCCAGCCUUCCGCAUCCCCGGACCUUCGCUCUUCUUCAGUCAUGUCAACUACUCCAGAGCUAGAACGCGAGACGUCAGCCCAGUCACACAAUGAUAUACAUAGUAGAGGCCCAUCAACCGGUCCCCCAUACAGGUGUGAAGCGCAAACUUGCGGCAAAACUUUCGCCAACAACCGCGAGCUUCAGCGACAUUAUCUGUCUUGCAAACAAGGACAAGAGGUUUUGGGUCACAGUUUGACAACCUCCUUAUUGGCAUUCAGAUGUGCGUGCGGCAAGUCUCACUCUCGUCGUGACAAUCACAAAGAGCAUGUCCGCAAGUGCCAGCGCGAAGCUACAGGAGAAUACAGAUGUGAAAAGGGCCACACUCGAUCGGAUAAGAAGCAAUGGCUAGCUCAUCUUGAAGGAAAGGAGUGCAAACCUCGCAGGGGUCGCCCACCGCGUCAAAGUAGUAAGAUAGGGAUUUUUAUAUAGUUAGGAUUUCUCUUAGUGAAGUAACAGUCGAGACUGUGCAAGAAAAAGUUAACCCCUUAUUUUUGAAGCUAUUCACGCACCUAUAUAUUGUCCUUUUGCGUUAAUUACAUCUAAUAGCCGUUCUGGUUCGCUAUCGCACCAUUUAUUAAUCGUUUCUUACGAUAGCUUUCCCCAACCUUCUUCUACAGCCGUACGAAGGGCUUCCGUAUCCCAAAUUGCAUACUAUCGGUAUUUUAUUCAACCCUUCGGCGCACGCUAGGCAUUUUCAAUAGGGGCUAAAUUAGGAGCUUUACGGCAGUUAAAGAAGUAUUUCAACCUAUUCUUUUCUUUCUACUAACGCAUCUCCCACUUGACCGAGCCACCCCAUUGAGCGGGCCACCCCAAUAACCCAUAUAAAAUCCAACAUUGCAAUCCGUAAUAACUUUACCAGUUUUUGCCGUACAAUUAAAUAGUUAAUACCAUUAGAUUCGUAAUUUAAUUCU